CUGCAGGUGCUAGAGAACUCGCCCCGUGGCACAGAGCUCGGAUAUGUGUCUACCUUUGACUUAGAUGCCAGUGAAGCAAAUCGGCGCGUGAGAUACAGUCUACGUGGCCGAUCUGAGGAUCUGUUGCUGGUAGAUGUGGAUCGACAGACUGGACGGCUUUCCACGAGAAGACCCAUUGAUCGUGAAUCACGCUCUUCAAUCUCUCUGGUUGUGGUUGCAGAAAACGGGCAGCCUACCCAUCCGGCGGCAACUGGUCAUUCACAGCCGCGAGCCUCAACUGGCCAGAACGUCUUCUCCAACCUGCUGCCGGAGGGCCGGAUUGCAGAGGCGAGUGUGAUUAUUAAUGUGGAGAAUGUGAACGACAACCCACCCGAGUUCAUUCUCAUCAAGCCGCACAAUACUCACAUCACCUUCAUCUGGGAGCAUCUGGCUCAGGCGUCAGAGGCAGGAGCCAGCAACGGAAGUUCCAAAGUUGCUGAUGCUGCGAUUGAACAGGGCUCCAACUCGAGCUCCAACAAGGCCUCAGCUGGCGGCGGAAGUGGUGGUAAAGACGUCUUUUCUGCAUCUCUCAGUCCAGUCUGCGAGUCUAUCCCCUACAAGGCGAUAGAUCGUGACUUGACUGGGCAGGUUGCCAUGACCUCAUCAGACGCAUCAGCCGGACCCUUAGCCGAAGGAUUCGUGCCAGUACCGCUGGGAGACGGUGAAGAGGCUGGUGGGGCAGGGCGAGCUCUGGGGGUCGCUGGGGUUGGUUACCAGGGCUCCGAGUGCUGUUACUACCGUCUGGAGAAUGACUAUGACGGUCUGUUUGCCUUGAUGCGAGAGGCCCCCAAUAUGCUGUGUGCUAUGAGACGUCCGCCCAGACCUAAGAGCUACAAGUUAACGUUGAUUGCAACAGACGGAGCAGGAAAUGACAGUCUUUCCUCUCAGGUUAGAAGUUAA